AUGGCCAAACCUUCUCCAGGACCACCCGAGAUUGAUUCAUCGCCAAUUGCCCAUGGCAAUUACAUCUCAGCCUCCGAAACACUCGCGCUUCAAGUAACACAUCACACUCUCAACGUUCCGACUUGUCUCGAACCCAAAUUCGCCCCAUUUCUUAUCGACACACCAUUCGAACUCAAAUUAGCUUACAACCUUGAAUUCAGCCCCAAUUUAUUUAUGGGCAAGGAAGAGGCGAACACUGAAGUUGGUAAGACGGUGGCUAAUGGGACUAAACCAGAGAAUGCUGUAAGCGAGAAUACAAAAGAUGAAGGGAAGGAUAAAAGUAAAGAAGCGAAUAUCGACAAGGUAGAUGCCAAAGAGGAAGAGAUAAAUGAUAGCAAGGAAGAAACGGAGAGUGAGGCUAUGGAAGUCGAUGAUUUAAAAGAGAAAGAAGAUAAGGGAUCAAAAAAACAUGCAAGAAAGAAGGGUGGUGUAGAAAAAGGCAACAACAACAACAAGGCAAGUGAAGAGAAAAAGGAGGAUCCCAAGACUCCUGUUGCCCGGGCAAUUGACCGACCAGUACGGGAGCGGAAAUCUGUAGAAAGGUUGGUUGCGGUCAUCGAGAAGGAUACUGCCAGGGAAUUUCACAUUGAAAAGGGCCGUGGUACUGCAUUGAAAGAUAUCCCUAAUGUUGCUUUCAAGUUAUCAAAGAAGAAGGUGUCAGAUGAUGCACUUAAGCUGCUCCACACUGUGUUAUUUGGUAGGAGAGGAAAGGCUUUGCUGGUUAAGAGUAACAUAUUGCGGUUUUCUGGUUUUGUGUGGAAUGAAAAUGAGGAAAAGCAAAAAGCUAAAGUGCAAGAAAAGCUUGACAAGUAUAACAAGGAGAAAUUGUUUGAGUUUUGUGAUCUGCUUGACAUACCAAUUGUCAAAACCAGUGCAAAAAAGGAAGAUGUUGUUGUGAAGCUGAUAGAUUUUUUGUUGCUUCCUCAUAUCACAACUAGUGAGCUAGUUUCAGAGAAAGAACAGCCAAGCAAAGGAAGCAAACGCAAGAAAAGUGCAUCAACUUCUUCAAAGAAGCAGAAAAGUGAAAGUGGAGAGGGUACUCCAGGCUCUGAAGAAGAGGAAGAGGAGGAGGAGGAGGAGGAGGAGCAUGAAAAAGUGAAUGGAGGCCCAGAGAAGUCUGAAAGUGAAGGUGAAUCUGGGGAAGGGGGCAGUAAGAAGCGUAAACUUUUACGGGGGGUUUCAAAAAAACCUUCUUCUAAGAAGGAUUCGGCUUCGAUUAAUAAAUCAAAGAAAAAAGAAACCCAAACCCAAAUCCAAAAGAAAGCAUCCAAAUCCAACACAGAGAAAACUGGGAAAAAGGCUGUGACAGGGACAGAGACAAAGACAAUGAAGGAGGAGAAACAAAAGCCUAGCAACGAUGAACUCAAAGCCGCAGUAUGUGAGAUCCUUAAACAAGUCGAUUUCAAUACGGCAACCUUCACAGAUAUCCUCAAACUGCUUGGUAAACGAUUCAAUACAGAUCUCACACCAAGAAAGGCGACCAUAAAGUUGAUGAUCCAAGAUGAACUUACAAAACUAGCCGAUGUAACAGACGACGACAAUCAGCAAGAAGAAGGUGGAGCUGUUAAAACCCCAAAACAAGCAUCCACUACAAAAGCAUAAAGAGACCUACAACAUAACAUAACAUAACAUAACAUAACAUAACAUGGUAUUUCUUGCUUUCCAUCCAAUCCAAUCCAACCCAAUCCAUCAUCUAGAUUCUAGUGUUUGUUUCAUCUCUUCUUCUCUUGUAAUUUAUUGCUAGUUUAGCUCAACUCACAUUGUAGAAAUACAAGUAGAACCGCCACCAUUACCAUUGGUGUGGUGUUGGUGCUUUGCUUCAUGUGUAUGUACUAUGUACAUGAGUAUAAAUUGUAGGCAUCUUUCGUUUUUAUUUUAUGGAUCUUUUCAUAUGAUGAUGAUGAUGAUGAUGAUAAUGAUGAUUUUGGGGGGUC